GCCACGCAGUCUUCCCGCGCGGCCCGCACGUGUGUCUAGCGUGUCAUCAAACGUUAUAAGUAAUCGCUCUCGAUCUAACUCUACAAAUCUUACCAGUGUUAUCUAUCUCAAAAAAAAACUAAUAAAUUAAGUGUGCCCAUCUGUGACCCAAGGACGUAGUCAUCGAUGAAACAACGUUGUGACCUAACUACAGUGUAAUUAAAACUGUAAUUGUUAUAAAUUUUACUUCCUCGAUAGAUUAAUUAGAUCUUACAUGGAACCGGAACGUAUUUAAUUAAAGCCUGGAAUUUAUUAUUCUACAGCGAAUGAGAUAUGUAACAUCAACAAACCGUAUGCGGCCAGAAAGUCUCGAAUCGCCUCUAUCUGCGGCUCGCGAUAUCAAGGCAAGUGUGUACGCUAUGAAUGAUCAGACUUUUCACACGCCAUCUUUUGGAGACGAAGAAUUCGACAUUCCACUGAUGCACGGACAGCAUGCUGCGACUGGCGGAGGGCAGCCUCACAUACAAUACAAUCAGCUUCAUCAUUCAGCCCCACAGGUUGGUAUGAUGAAUCCAGCACAAGACGGACUAGCUCCACCCGGCGGAGCGCCGUCAUAUCAACAACCUUUGUAUUUACAAGAACCACACACGCCUGUUACCUCUCACAGCAAUGCAGCAGCUCCAGCAGGUAAUUACAUGAUCCAACAGCAACCCGGUGGGCAACAGCAACUGCUUAUGCUACAGCCAACACAAGUGAUGAGUGGACCACCUACACCAAGCACCCCCACACAGCCGGGCCCAGUGUACGGCUCGCCACAACGAGCCUCACCACCGGGCACCACCAGUGAUGAUUCUGAUGAUAGUGUACCUUCACACCACUCUCAGUUGCCUGGUGAUGCGGAAAGCCUUCUGCCAAUCCAUUAUUGCUCAGCGAGCCGGCAGCAACAAACUACGAUUCAUCAGAUGGGUGUUAGCAACAUGGGAGUGAAAAGGUCGUCCCCAGAACCUAUGGACAAUGGCAUGAGCCGUGGACAAAUGCAGAAGAAGCCCAAGGUUCAGAAAAAAAAGAAAAAACGAGAUCCAAAUGAACCACAAAAACCUGUGUCUGCAUAUGCCUUAUUUUUCCGUGAUACGCAGGCAGCAAUAAAAGGCCAAAAUCCAAAUGCAAGUUUUGGUGAAGUGUCCAAAAUUGUAGCUUCCAUGUGGGAUGGUUUAGAUUCAGAACAUAAAAGUGUUUACAAACAAAAAACAGAAGUAGCAAAAAAAGAAUAUUUGAAGGCACUGGCAGCGUACAGAGCAAGUUUAGUAUCAAAGGGAGGAGAACAAGAGAAUCCAGUUAUGUAUAACCACGGGAAUACUAAUGCAAACUAUGGAAAUUAUUAUCAAGGACAAGCAUAUGGAAACGGACACUCUCCUCAAGGCUAUGUUCCGAACUCAACUCCUCAAGGAUAUUCCCCGCAGGGAUUCCAAGGUGGCCAGUCUCAGCCUUCAUAUGCUGGAGCACCUCCUCAAAACUAUCCACCGAACAAUCAGCAGACGCAGCAAAGCUAUCAAGGAAAUAUGGGCCACAAUGCUCAGACAUAUCAAGGUGUGCCAGGACAGUCUCCUCAAGGGUACCAAGUCAACACAGCAGCAAAUCAGCAGUCCUGUCAGCCCAAUAUUUCACAGUCACCUAGAAACUACCAGCCAUCACAGUCUCCGAGCUAUGCUGCAAACUCGGCUCUCUCACCACCUGCUGGCUACAGACAAGUGCAGUCCCAAUCUCCUCCCGUUCAAUCUGUUCAUGCCAUGCAAUACCAUCACUCGCAACAGAUGCAGCAAGCUCACCAAGUGCAACAGUACCAGCAACAACAGCAACAGCACCAACACCAGCAACAGCAACAGCCGCAGCAGCAGCAACUGCAACACCAGCAGCAACAGCAGCAGCUGCAGCACCAGCAGCAACCGCAGCAGCCCCACCUGCACCAGCAGCCGCAGCAACAGAGCCAACAGCAACAGCCUCAACACCCAACACAGCAACCACAGAACCCUGCUAUAAACAAUGAGCAUCCUUCCAAUAGCAAUGGUAAUUCAGGAAUGCCACAUAAAUCUCCAGAGCAAAACGAAAAUCGAAGUACACCGUCAUGUAUCCGCCAGGGCUGCACCAAUCCUGCUAUAGCCAAUAGCGAAUGGGAGGAUGAAUACUGUUCCAAUGAAUGUGUUGUUAGUCACUGCAGAGAUGUAUUCAGCUCCUGGGUGGCUUCAAACACAAAUAAUCAAAUUCAAAACUUCUCAGCUGUCAAAUAAAGCGUGUAACAUAUCAUAACACUUUUGGAUUGUAUAAAAAAAUCUUAGCAUACUAAUUUGCCUUGUUAUUGUUAUUUAAAAAUUCAAUGUUAAAACUACAAAUAAUAUGAUCACAUUUUGUAAUCAAAUCAUAUUCGCGGAGAUGAAUUACUUUGUUCCAUAUUGACUGAAAAUAUCUUUAUUUUCAUACAAAUAUUUUUUUAAUAUGUAAAACAUUGGAGUGCCUUGCCAAAUGACAACACAUGGACAGUUGUGAAUGGUUUUAUGAAAACUGUACAGUUUGACACUUGGACAAAAGAUAAAGAAGGAUGAGUGUUACAGUAACAAGUAAUCUUCUCCCGAUAUCUAAUUUGUAAUUUUAUUUGUUUGAAAUUGAAAUUAAAAUGUGUUCAGUAAUUUGUUUUGAAUGGAAUGUUCCAAGUUAUUAUAAAUAUGCAUUUAUUUUUACAACAAUAUUUCAUUAAGUACAAGUCUCUCUAUUUUUUUAUUUUGAGAAUCUGAGUUUUUUAAUUUGUUUUUAUUAUUGAAAUAUGUUGGCGAUAAAUCACUUGAUACCUAUUAGUUUAAAUAUGUAAUGAAAUAUAGGUAUACUCGAAAGUGUUUAAACUAACUAAUAAGAUGUUUUCGAGAAAAACUAUCAAAAUGUGAUUUUUUUUUAAUUAAACGCGUAAUUUAGCGUGUGAAAAAAUAUAGUGAUUAUGAGUAAACUCUACUAUUAGAAUAUGUAGGUAUCAAUAUUUAAAUAUUUCCUACUGUUUAUUCCUAUGUUAACUCAAAUGUAUUCGUAACAGCAAUAUCAACUUAUCCCUUAGAAGUUGUGCUUAGCAUAGGAUAUAGCUGGACCAAAAUUUCCUUUAUAUUCAAAACAAUGAUACUAGUGUAUGAAUAAGUUGUUUUAUUGUAUAUUUAGUAAAAUACAAUUGUAAAUAAACCCUUGCAAUAAUAGUAUUAGUAGUAGUUAAGGUAAAAUAACUAUGUUAUAAUUAUUAUUUCACAUAAUCCUUAGGUAAGUAUUUCCAAUAGACUACUUAGGUAGGUACUUCUAAAGCAAAAUAUCUUUAUGUACUUGUAAUAUAAAUGUGUAAAAAAUGUAACUAGAACAAUUAUUAUUUCAUUAAAUUUCCUAAGCAGUAA